GGUGCGCCAGACAGCAGUCUCAGUGACAUUGAUCUGCUUGGGACGAUAGGACAGCCACUUCCGCUAGGCGUUACCCUCACAAAAGGGCCACAUACUAAACCUGCCCUUCACUUCAGACCAGUAGCGAACGUGGGUCGUUUUGCACGUUACAUUUUUCCAACACAAUUUUUCACCGAAUUCUCCAUUUCUUUGGUUAUCCGCCCAAAACGAUCUGAACGCAGCGUAGUGUUUGCUUUGUUGUCACAUCAUCGAAGAGGAACCGUUAUUCUAGGACUUGAAAUUCAGAAUGUCGCUGGAGACUCUAUUAUCCGACUGACUCAUGCACCUGACGAAGAGACGAAAACUGUGUUCGACUUCACGGUGCCAGAUAUAAACGGUAAAUGGAGCUGGUUGGGAUUCAGCAUUAAAAAAGACGGUGUCACAUUUUAUUUGGAUUGUAAUGCAGCUGAGACAAAGUCAAAGCCGUCUGUUCUGGGUGAUCUCACUAUACCAAUUUACAGUGCAUUGUAUAUUGGCCGUGCGGGGUGGACUGUUGGAGCCCAGUCCAAUGCUUUUGAGGUGAGCAGAGUCCUGGUUUUUUAG